AAAAAAUGCGGUUACGUUGUGUUGUUUUUGUAUAGAAUGAUUAUAUUCUUGUUUACUUGUACCCCUGAAAUUUAUUAAGGAACUUAAUCCAUCCGAUUCUCGUUUUUAUCCUGGUUUUAGUUGUGAUCAGAGAUCACUAUUGAAUAUAUUAUAGAUUAAUCGAUCUAUAUAUAUGGCAAACAAUUCGUCACAUGUUUAAGUUAAUGCCUUUAAACUGAUUUAUUUUUCAGUCGAUCCAGCGUUGUUGCUGAUAUUAAAAAUUUUUGAUGUGGAUUUUAUCAUUUAACAUUUUGAACUAAUUAUUAGGCUUAUUUAACUCUAAGCUGAAAAGGGUGUUACAAGUUUGUCGAUAACUUCAUGAAAAUUUCAUUGAAAAUUUGUGAAAUUGGCAUGAUUUUACGAAAAUGAUUAAUUGCCAUCGUGUACCAAUUCGGUUUCAAUUCAUCUAAUCGCGUCUAGUUUAACGCGUCUCAACGAGGGGAUCAAUCGAUCACGACAGGUCAAAUUCGCCGUGGCAUCUCAUGGGAUAACGUGGUUCGAUGCGAAAGCGGGGAUGCCGCGUGUGUUUCCCCUGUCCGCGAGCUCUCUCACGCACCGCCAAUGCGGCUGAGAUCGCGCGAUCCCAUUGGCUGCUCCUGUGCCGUGGUGUCGGCGAUGGGUACGUCCAGGUUCGACGCUCGUGCUCGACCGCGGAGUGCGCGUGUGGAUUUCUCGCUUUUCCCUGCGAGGAGCGUUCAACCAGUUUGGGCAGGCAGAUGAUCGCGCGAGGAGAGGAAGCGUAGAAUAUAUCCGACACGCUUAUCGAGGAGCAACUUGAGUGACUAUCUGGUUUUCGUAUUAUCGCGGUCGUGAUGGUGUUGACAGCUCGUUGAGUCGAGAUUCGCGUGUGACAAUUGUUGCAAAAGUAUUAUAAUUAGCAUUAUAUGUGAAUGCCAUUAUAUAUUAGCCUUAAACCACCCUAUUCAUCAACUAUACAUAUACGUACAAGGCCAUUUUCCCUUCGAGAUUGUUACUAUAUGUCAAAGUCGUGCCGGUCUCGUGCUGCGUCUGGCUUUGGGCCAAUAAAUGUGCGAAACCGAGAAGGGCAGGGGAAAGACAGGGAUAGAUCGGAGGGAGGAAAUAGCGUCCCGUCAAUGAGAGAGCGCGGAUCCGCGAUGAAUAUCGUGUGACGUGAUUUUUUUCGCCGCUGUGUGUGCAGCGAAAUGCGACCUAACAACGCGACAUUAUCGCGACGUUAUCACGCCGGUUGAGAGAUCCCUCGGCCGAUGAGGGCUAAUGUAAGGAAGGGCGAUGGGCUUUACGGCGGCGCGCGUUGUGGAAACGAGCGAAAGUGCAGUGUUUGCGAUAUUUCUCGGGCUGCGAACGCCGUCGUCAGAUACACCUGCAGGGGUGCAUUGAUCCGGCGGUGAGCCACACGAGAUGCAUUACUUUGUAGUACCCGACCAAUUAGAUGCUCUCUCUGAGAGAGAACCAAUUCAACAUUUUAUCAGUGCGCGAAAGAUUGUAAUCUCUUCUUCCGUAAAAUUCGACAAAUCUUGAUCUAUCGCUAUCUCACUAACUUUGCCGAUCUCCUUCGUUCAGUCGGUGGUUUGACGUUCACCAGACAGAAAGCAAGACAUCGGAAAAUAGCGACGGGAAGCUCCGAGGACGACGUCUCGGGCGACGCCGCUGCGAGAUCGGGCGUCAGGAAACGCGAGUGCGAGUGCGAGUGCGAGUGCACAGAAACGGGCUACAGUGGUAUCCAGGUGGGGGCAGGAAGGUGCGGGGCCGGCAAAGCCUUGUGACGAAACGAAGGAUUAGAUGGUGGAGGUGCUCGGAGGCCGGGCUAGGGAGCCUACGGGGCCUACGCGCAGGGCACCUCGCACCUACCCAGGAUCAGUGGAGCUGCAGGUGCGCCGUGUGGGGCCCCGCGAGGACGUAGAGGUUACCUCAGGGGUAACUCAACUCGAGGCGGACUCGCAGGAUCACGGUACUGAGCCGUGCGUCCCGUUCAGGACGCCCGCCUGUGUCCUCGCGACACAGCGUCCUGAAAAGAAUCAAGGACGUCCCAAGCUCGUCGCGCGGAUUGCACGAAGCGCGAAGAAGAGCGAGGAGCUUCCGUCGGAGGAAAUCGAUCCGGCGGGACAGGACGAAACGGAGAAGGACGUUAGUCCUUCGCAAGAAAGGCCGCUCGCGGCUAGGUUCGUGAACAAGUCGGAGCCCGGAUCGGGCUCCCGCGUAAAGAGCGAGGCUGGCGAGCGCAAUGUGGCAGAGCGGCGGCAUGGGCACCCAUGCGGCCAACAACCCGUGGAUGAAGCUGAUGGGCAUCGUCCACAAGGAACGGAGGCAUCACGACUCGGGGUCCACCGCCGCCGCUGCCGCUUCUGGGGUGCAGGGUUCAGCGACCACCGGCAGCAACGAUCGAACGCUCAAUCAAUCGCUGCCGAAACUCAGCAGCCAGGACGAGGAUGGGACGAAUCCCCACACCCAAUACACAGGCGUCACACAUUUCGAGCCCAUACCGCACGAUCAUGAUUUCUGUGAGAGGGUCGUCAUCAACGUGAGCGGGCUACGGUUUGAGACACAGCUGCGUACGCUGAACCAAUUUCCGGACACGCUGCUCGGCGAUCCGACACGGCGGCUUCGAUACUUCGAUCCGCUACGCAACGAAUACUUCUUCGAUCGGAAUCGACCUUCCUUCGAUGCUAUACUUUAUUACUAUCAGAGCGGCGGCCGCUUACGCCGCCCGGUCAACGUCCCGCUCGAUGUCUUCUCCGAAGAGAUCAAGUUCUACGAGUUGGGCGAGAUGGCGACUAACAAGUUCAGGGAAGACGAAGGCUUCAUCAAGGAGGAGGAAAAGCCGCUGCCGUCGCACGAGUUUCAGAGGAAGGUCUGGCUGUUGUUUGAGUAUCCGGAGAGCUCGCAAGGCGCCCGGGUGGUCGCCAUAAUCUCCGUGUUCGUGAUCCUCCUGUCGAUCGUGAUCUUCUGCCUGGAGACGCUGCCCGAGUUCAAGCAUUACAAGGUCUUCAACACGACGACGAACGGCACGAAGAUCGAGGAGGACGAAGUGCCGGAUAUCACGGACCCGUUCUUCCUAAUAGAGACUAUUUGUAUCAUCUGGUUCACAUUCGAGUUAAUAGUGCGCUUCCUCGCCUGCCCAAACAAAUUCAACUUCUUCCGUGACGUAAUGAACAUCAUCGAUAUCAUCGCGAUCAUUCCGUACUUCAUCACCCUCGCCACAGUGGUGGCCGAGGAGGAGGACACGCUGAAUCUACCCAAAGCGCCAGUAAGCCCGCAGGACAAGAGUACGAACCAAGCAAUGUCCCUGGCGAUACUCAGGGUGAUCAGGCUGGUCAGAGUGUUCCGGAUAUUCAAGUUAUCUAGGCAUAGUAAAGGCCUCCAAAUCCUCGGGCGGACUCUCAAGGCCUCCAUGAGGGAACUCGGAUUGCUCAUCUUUUUCCUCUUCAUUGGUGUGGUGCUGUUCUCGUCAGCAGUCUACUUCGCGGAGGCCGGCACGCAGGACAGCUUCUUCAAAUCGAUACCGGACGCGUUCUGGUGGGCGGUGGUCACGAUGACGACCGUGGGCUACGGCGAUAUGAGGCCCGUGGGAGUCUGGGGAAAGAUCGUGGGCUCAUUAUGCGCGAUUGCCGGUGUCCUGACGAUCGCUCUACCCGUCCCCGUUAUCGUCUCCAACUUCAACUACUUCUAUCAUCGUGAGACUGAUCAGGAGGAGAUGCAGUCGCAGAACUUCAAUCAUGUGACUAGCUGUCCGUAUCUUCCUGGCACUUUAGGUCUGAAGAAGAUCUCGAUGUCGGAAUCCUCGUCAGAUAUAAUGGAACUGGAGGAGGGCACUUUGUUUACUCAUCCAGAGAUAACUAAAAAGUCAAAUUGCAACCCUCGCCACAAUAACAAUAUCAAUCCAGCCUGCAUGAGCAUCGAGACUGACGUUUGACUACUAGUGAAGGAGAUGGUGGCAGCAUGGUGGCCGUUGCUGGGUCAGUUGUCAAAGAGCAACUGCGGCUUCCUGCGGUACCUGACGUAGGCCUCCUUCACACCUCGUCAUAGCCGUAACGGCUGGUGCCAGCGUCACAUCUCACCAGCCUGUCCAAUCAGAUCCGUCAGGGGCGCCUCAGGUCAAGAUCGCGAGAGAUCACCAAGGAUCACGCGAUUUUCCGGGAAAUCGAUCGGGUGCUUCCUCCAUCUGUGACGAGAAACGGGGAUGAGAGGUGGAACAGACCCAAAAUGUGCGAAGAGCAAGAACGAAUCUAUCCCCAUUCUCGAGACGUCGUCAUCUCUCCCGCCACCGCCUCAGAAGACUUGCGCCUCACGUAAGGAUCUACGUGCGAACGAAGGGGACGGGAUAUUUCUUGCUCGCGUGCCAUGUGAGCACGCGUGCGGCCCGAAUCCCCCACACCACCGACUCCAGUGUUCAAAACAAAAAAAUAAAAUAAAAAAUAAAAAUAUAACAAA